CACAUUAGAUCAGCUCAAGCCCCGUCCCCGCCCUUCUUCUGCUUGAAUUUACAGAGCUAGAGGACGAUCCGACUUGAACCCUCCAUUCUCCAGGUGGGCUUAAAUCUUCGAAAAAGCUUGAAAUUUUUUUUCUUCUUCCAAAACUGCACUGAAAAUAGGUUCCAUUAUUGACACAGUUAGGUCUUUUGCAGCGCCUUCCAUUCCAUUCAAUCUACUAUUGUCUCCAUUUCCCAGUAGAGCUUGGGGUUUUUCGGGCAUUUGGAGUUUGCUCCGAGUUCAUGAUGGUGGGUCACAAACUUCUUAAAGAUGAAGCUACUGAAGAAAAGGGUGAGAGAGCAAGAAUGGCUUCCUUUGUGGGGGCAAUGGCAAUUGCUGAUUUAGUGAAGACAACAUUAGGGCCAAAGGGGAUGGAUAAAAUUCUACAGUCAACAGGAAGGGGUCAUAGUGUCACUGUUACAAAUGAUGGAGCUACAAUCCUCAAGUCCAUUCAUAUAGACAAUCCUGCCGCUAAAGUUCUUGUCGACAUCUCUAAAGUCCAAGAUGAUGAAGUAGGGGAUGGUACUACAUCGGUAGUUGUUUUGGCGGGUGAACUUUUAAAGGAAGCAGAAAAACUGGUAAACUCAAAGAUUCAUCCAAUGACAAUUAUUUCAGGGUUCCGCAUGGCUGCUGAAUGUGCACGCAAUGCAUUGUUAGAAAAGGUUGUCGAUAACAAACAUGAUGCAGAGAAAUUCAGAUUAGACUUGAUGAAGAUUGCAAUGACUACAUUAAGUUCCAAGAUUUUGUCUCAAGACAAGGAGCAUUUUGCCACGUUGGCUGUUGAUGCUGUCAUGCGGUUGAAGGGUAGCACCAAUCUUGACUCAAUCCAGAUUAUUAAGAAGCCUGGAGGUUCACUUAAAGACUCAUUCCUAGAUGAGGGGUUUAUUCUGGACAAAAAAAUUGGAGUUGGUCAACCUAAACGAAUUGAGAAUGCAAAGAUCUUGGUGGCUAAUACUGCAAUGGAUACCGAUAAAGUAAAGAUUUAUGGUGCGCGUGUCCGUGUUGACUCAAUGGCUAAAGUUGCUGAUCUAGAAACAGCUGAAAAGAACAAGAUGAGGGAGAAGGUGGAAAAGAUUAUCGGUCACGGAAUCAACUGUUUUGUUAACAGACAACUGAUAUAUAACUUCCCAGAGGAGCUGUUUGCCGAUGCUGGGAUUCUUGCUAUAGAACAUGCUGAUUUCGAUGGUAUUGAGCGCCUUGCCUUGGUCACUGGUGGUGAGAUUGCAUCAACUUUUGACAACCCAGAAUCAGUUAAGCUGGGCCACUGCAAACUUAUUGAGGAAAUCAUGAUUGGCGAGGAUAAGUUAAUUCACUUUUCCGGAGUUGAAAUGGGCCAGGCAUGUACAAUCGUCUUGAGAGGCGCAAGCCCUCAUGUUCUGGAUGAAGCUGAAAGAUCCCUGCAUGAUGCCUUGUGUGUUCUGUCACAAACGGUGAAUGAUAGUCGGGUAUUACUUGGUGGUGGAUGGCCGGAAAUGGUGAUGUCAAAGGCAGUAGAUGGUUUGGCUAAAAAGACUCCCGGGAAAAGAUCUCUUGCCAUUGAAGCUUUCUCAAGGGCACUUUUGGCCAUUCCAACAAUCAUUGCCGACAAUGCCGGGUUGGACAGUGCUGAACUCGUUGCACAACUUCGUGCUGAACACCACAGAGAUGGAUGCACUUCUGGGAUUGAUGUCAUCACUGGAACCGUUGGUGAUAUGGCCGAGCUGGGCAUAUCGGAGGCAUUCAAAGUCAAGCAAGCAGUACUGCUCUCCGCGACCGAGGCUUCGGAGAUGAUUUUACGGGUCGAUGAAAUUAUCACGUGCGCACCUCGCCGUAGGGAAGACAGAAUGUGAGUUCAACUAAUGGUUAAAAAUCUUCUGCUGCUUUCUCUUGGCUGAGUUUUGUACUUUAUCUGUGCCUCCUAUUCUGCUUCUCUUGGAGCAGAAUCUGCAUUUGCCUAGCAUCUCUUUGGACGAUGAUACAGUUUUUUAAUGUGGGUUUCAUCAAAUUUUCCCAACCAAAAUUUGUCGUGUUCGUCAAUCUACUUCUGCUUAUAGAUUAUGCCUUUUGAAGUCUAAAAUGGGAAAAUGGGCUCCAGAGAUGCUUGUAAGCAAAGCUAAAACUAUCCAAUUUAUGCUUAUA